UUUCACCAUAAAAAAAUAAUGUUUUUCAUAAGAAUGACAACUUAAUUAGAAUCAAAUCUAUAAGCUUUAAGAUUUUACAUUUCUGUAAGUAUAAUAUUAGCUUAUUUGACUAGAACUCAAGCAGAAUAGGAAUUUAUGUUUGUUUUAUAUUCAAUAGUGAUAACUUUGAAGACAUAGUUUUAUUACACCAAAAAUUUUAUAUUAAUCUCAUUUAACUAAGUUUUAUCCAAAUCAUGUUAACUUAAAAAACAUUUGAUCAGUUCCUGUAUUUCUAGGAGUGUGGUGAAUAUUUAUUUAUAAAUGGUUAUUUUUUUCCAAGCCAAGUUAGAAUAGAGCACUUUUAGAGGAUUUUAUAAAUGAAUUUUGCAGUGCUAUCCAGAGUUAAGAAAAUAUCACAUAUACAUAACAUACAUUAAUAGAUAUACAAACACAAAUAGAGAUUUCAUAGCUUUCAUCCUGAAAUUUCAGCCAUGAAUCAGGCAUAAAUAUUCUGAUGGUUAAUUUUAGACAUCUACUUGAUUGGAUUAAGAGACAUACAUAGCUGGUCAAACACAAUUUCAGCCAUGAAUCAGGCAUAAAUAUUCUGAUGGUUAAUUUUAGACAUCUACUUGACUGGAUUGAGAGACACACAUAGCUGGUCAAACACAAUUUCUGGGCAUAUCUGUGAAGGUGUUUCUGGAAGACACUGAGAUAACCCUGACCCAGUGUGGAUGGGCACUGAUAUGGUUUGCCUGUGUCCCCACCCAGAUCUCAUCUUGAAUUGUAGUUCCUAUAAUCCGUACAUGUCGUGGGAGGGACCCAGUGGGAGGUGAUUGAAUCAUGGUGGUGGUUACUGCCAUGCUGUUCUCAUGGCAGUGAGUGAGUUCUCAUGAUCCGAUGGUUUUAUAAGGGGCUGUUCCCCUUUGGCUCAGCACUUCUUCUUGUUGCUGCCAUGUGAAGAAGGACGUCUUUGUUUCCCCUUCUGCCAUGAUUGUGAGGCCCCUGCAGCCACGUGGAACUGUCAGCCCAUUAAACCUCUUUGUUCUUUAUAAAUUGCUCAGACUCAGGUAUUUCUUCACAGCUGUAUAAAAAUGGAUGAAUACAGGCACCAUCCAAUUGGUUGAGAGCCCAGAUAGAACAACAAGGAAGAGGAAAGGUGAAUUAUCUCCUUCUGAAAUGGAAACAUCCUCCUUCUCCUGCCCUUGACAUCAGAACUUCAGGGUCUCAGAGCUUUGGCCUCAGAAUCAGAGUUACACCAUUGGCUUCCCUGAUUCUGAGUCCUUUAUAUCUGGAGUGAGCCAUGCUGCCAACUUUCCUGGUUCUCCAACUUGGAGACAGGCUAUUGUGUAACUUCUCAGCCUCCAUAAUUAUGUGAACCAAUUCCCCUAAUGAGUCUUCUCUCAUCUAUCUAUCUACAUAUAUCCUAUUGAUUCUGCCUUUCUGGAGAACCCUGACUAAUGUUAUUACAAUAAUACAAAAUUCACUAGUUUAUAUAGAAGACUUGGUUUUUGUCUUUGCCCCAUUUUAUAUUUGUAUUAUAACUGUGUAUCUGGAAAAUGGAACAAGUUUUUUCUUCUUCAUAUGAGCGCCAAAGCUUUUUUCUCACCAAUAUUUUUGGAGAUUUUUAAGAUUUUCUUUUGUUUGGACAUACAAUCUUAUGGAGGCUGAGAAGUAAAAUUUUUUCUAUUUUAUUUUUCAGCCCCAGGUGUUUGCUUUUGCAGAUUCUUGAGCACAUUGAGAGCCUCCAAGGCAUGGAGUGGGGUGCCUAAAGUUUCAGUGAUUACAGGGAGUUGAGAGACUCAACUGGGAAAGGAAAGGUCUAAAAGGAGGCAAUUUGGAAGAUAAAAAUUUUCUCAAAGGAGUGAUUAAAUUUCUAAAUAAUUCUUAGUAAAAUCAUGUAAACAGGAAAGGAAGUAGAAUUAGUUCCAUAUUGGUGGAACACAUAGUCAGCAGAGGUGUGAGAAGGGAGAAUUUAGUCAACUGAGAAGUUCCCAUGAAAGCAGCAAGAUCAAGAUCACAGAGACACCUUGAAACAAAAGCCAGGAAUAACUUCCAACUCAAGAGGAGAACAGAGAGGCCUCAAAACCAAAGCUAGGAUAAGAAACUUGUAGCCCAAGAGUUACCUUCCAGACAAAGAAGCCUGAGAUUCCAAUGCAUCUUCAGAGAGUACUCACUCAAAAUGCUACUGAAACUGAAGGCUUUUUAAUGACUUAGCCAUGCCUGCAAAAGGCAUUUCCUAAGGUGGCACAGAAGACGGAGCCCCCAUAUCCAAAGAUAGCCAAGGAGAAAGAAAGACCCCUGUUGCCAGAGCCAGUGGGCAAAGGCAACAGAAAAGGAGACAAGGGUCCUAAUGGGAUGAGAUCCUUUCAGAUUUAGGCUUUUACAAACUCCUGAGAACUGGCAGGUUGACAGCCAUAAAUGGGGUACCAACAUUUCUACUCAUCGGAUUACAAGUUCUCAGGCAUCCAAAAUGAUGAACAAAAUGACAAUUUCUAGGGCUUCUGUGGGAGAGUAUGGAAAGGUCUUUUUGAACCUUCUAAUGCUAUCAAUGGAAGAAUGAUGAGGUUCAUAAAUUUGGAAAGGAGACAUUUCUUCAUUUUUAUGUUUAUUUUUAUUUUUAUUUUUUUUGAGACAGAGUUUCACUCUUGUUGCCCAGGCUGGAGUGCAAUGGCGUGAUCUUGGUUCACUGCAACCUCCACCUCCUGGGUUCAAGCGAUUCUCCUGCCUCAGCCUCCUGAUUAGCUGGGAUUACAGAUGUCCACCACCACACCUGGCUAAUUUUUUUGUAUUUUUAGUAGAGACAGAGUUUCAUCAUGUUGGCCAGGCUGGUCUGAAACUCCUGACCUCAGGUGAUCCACCUGCCUCGGCCUCCCAAAGUGCUGGGUUUACAGGCCUGAACCACCACACCCAAUGAGAGAUUUAUUUCCUAUAAAGGGUUGCGCCUGAAGGGUUGUCCUCCUGACAGGCUGGGAAGCAUAGCCUCCAGCAAGAAGCCAGAAACAGAUGCUUCAAAGAGAAGGUAAAGGAAAUAGUAAUUUAUGCUGAGUGGAAUGGCCAAAUACAUUUAUUUAAUAAGCUCUAGGAGGAGUCAUGAAUUUUUAUGGAAGGAGAAAUGCAUGCAUGUGCAGUUGGGUUUGUUGCUUCUUCAUGGGUCCCAUGUACAAAAAAUGGCAGUGUUAGCAUGAUCCCAGGGUGGAGUUUUCAGCCAUCUGACAAUAAAAGGUGAAGCAGAGGACAUGAAAACUCGCUCUGUGCAUCCUCUGUACACUGGCCAGAACCUCUCCAUCGUGGGUUGUCUCUUAUCAGGCAAGAAAGGAGAGGUUGAUAUCAGUGGUGGAGCCUUUGAAAGGGCUGGUUUCUGUUAAAUCCUUAGGGAAGAAAGCCUUAUCAUGGUUAGCAAAGGAAGGGGUAUAACAAUGUGUAUGUGACCUCCAUCAUCCCAUCCUAGCAAAGCUGAGAACUCAGUUUUGAAUGUUACUCUGGGCUCCCCUCAGCCAAGAGUGGGUCUGUUCAGUCAGUUGGGAGCUUAGGAUUUCAUUUAUCAUUGCUAAUGGGAAAGAGUAUGCUGUCUCCAUGGCAGCUGAAUUUGCAAGAAACUCCUUGGGUGGGGUUAAGGGCAGUUGUAUUUUUCUGGGAGUUCUGCUUUAAUUGGAUAAAGUAAGUUCUGGUAAGAUUUCUUCCUUUAUCUUCAGUAUCUCAAGUGUUUUCAUUUAAAUAAUCUUUAUAACAACUUUUGAUGUCUGAGUGGAGUCCCACACAGUCAUCUAUUGUAAGACUUUCUGAUUCCUUUUUUUUCCUUUGGUCAUUAUGAAUAGGGCUUCUGUAAAUAAUUGCAUGGUAGCUUUUGUUUGGAAAUAACAUCAAAGUAGUUGUCAAAAUACUUAGGAAUGUGAUUUUUGGAUUGUAAGGUGAGACUUGUUUAGCUUUAGAAAAAACUGCCCAACUUGUAAUGGGGAGGAAAAAAAUUUUCUAUGUUUUUGGAAUUCUUAGAUGGGACCCUCUGUAAAAACUGACAGACUAAAAUGAGAAAAACAGAAAAGUUUAAAAACACGUAUACCUUAUGGAUACAUGGGAGAUACUCAGGGAAAAAUGAGUAAAUCUCCAACAGGUGGCUUUCAAUUCAAGCAUAAAUACUAUCUUCAACUUAAAGAAAGAAGAUUUGAGGUGCAUUAGUGGGGAGUUAACCAGCAAAAGCACAUUAGACAAGGGUAAGGUUUGUUAUACAGACUUAAGUCCACGCAUUCUCCAUUGAUAAGACUCUUUAGUGAUUUAGUUAUCCUUCUCUUCUUGUUGUCGAGAGAGGUAGCUUUUAAAUGGUGAUUUCCUUUAUAGAUGUAAAUUUUCCUUACACAAGUGUAACUUCUACUCUGUUUUCACAACUUCCUUUGUUAGCAUUUUUUUUUUUUUUCAAAAUAAUCAGCUUGGAAUAAUUCUUAAGCCAAAGGGACAUAUUUUGUGGUGGCAUAUUCUGGUUUCCUACCAUUAUAUUUUAGGAUGGCAUAUUUUGGUCUUAUACACUGUGUUCCACCGGCAAUGAAGAGUUCUUGUUUUUCCUCCAGCAAUUUGUCAUUUUGUAAAGAGUUUAGCAGUUCUAAGAGCUAUACACCAGCUGUGCUAUCUCAUUGUGGUUUUCGGUUCUCUAGUAUGUUGAGCAUCUUUUUGUAUGUUUACUUGCCAUCUGUAGAUCUUCUUUGGUGAGGUUCUGUUCAGAUCUGUGUGCAUUUUCAAUUGGGUUGUUUAACUUAUUGUUUAGUUUUAAGAUUUUUUAAAUAUAUUUUGAAUACAAAUUCUUUCUCAGAUCUGUAUUUUGCAAAUAUUUUCUUCAAUAUGUGGCUUGUCUUUUUGUUCUCUUAACAAGGUCUCUUCCAGAGUAUAAACUUUAAAUAUUAAGAAAUCCACAUUGUCAUUUCUUCUGUGUAUAUCAACCUUUUGUGUCAUUUGUUAAAAUUCAUUACCAAACCCAAAGGCACAUAGCUUUUCUUCUAUAGUUUCUUCUAGAAAUGGUACAGUUUUGCAUUUUUAGUGUAAGGAUGAUUUUGAGUGAUUAUUUGUGUAAGUUGUAAAGUUUUCAUCUACACGCAUAUCAUUUCUUAUGGUUUCCAAUUAACUGUUCCCUAUUUCUGGGAAAGACACAGGAUAGUGGGCUCUGUUACAGUAGAUGUAUGACAUUUUUAUUGCAGAAUGAAUGAUGAUUGGGGCAUCUUAAGAGGAAUUCUAGGGUGUUUCUUUCUGCAUAGGUACCUCUUCUCCCACCUACCCACAAUUGACAAGUGCCCAUCCACUCCAGCACUAGGGAUGCUACUAAUAUGUGAAUUUUUGGUGGUACCUCCAGGUGAGGCUUCCCAGACUUUCCCUUUUCCAGGAGCUUCCCGCUCCUGUUCAUGUCUAGCUAUCUAUCUACUCUUGCCCAACUUGCCAAAUGUUGCAUUCCUCAUCUUUUGCAGGAGGAGUUAAUCCUCGAGGAUUGGAACCUAAUUAUCUUUGGCAAAUGGAUGUCACACGUUACAUGUAUGUGUGCACAACUUUUCUCACUUUGCAUAACAAAAGGUUGGGAAAUAGGUAAAAUAAUAACUUGGGGUAGAGGUUAUGCUUGUGUUUCUCCAGGCCAAAAUCAAGAGCUGAUUUGGAUACCAUCAAGAUACCUGAAACCUUAUCAUGAGCCAGAUGCUGAGGAAGAGAUUCCAGGAGGAUCCUGAGGACCCCCUGGUUGCAGCCAUCUCGAGACUGAUGCUGAGGAGGACCCCAACUGUCACGAGCAACACCCAUUGAACACAGCCACCCACUUGGGGACAUAUCAAGAAGCUGUCACAGAAGGCAGAAGAAAACCUGAGGAAAGCAGGACAACCAGUCACAGACACAAUUGGGGGAACUGGUUGUUUACCAAUGCUUUUACUUGACUUACGGAGCCAAUUAAACCCCCUUGGAAAAACCGCCCUCAUAACUUUGUCUACACAGCUCCUGUACGGGGUUCCUGACCUGUGGUAAGUAAAGAAUGUCACUUUCUGACAGGCCCAGGAGCCUCAAGUUUAUCUUGGAACCUCAAGAGGAGAGGAUCACCCAACUCACAGGUAUUUGAUGGCACAAAUCCAUGGCUGGGCUCAGCUUUUAAGAAGUCUUAUCUGAAAUACCCUCUAUGGAACAAAGUUCCAUCAAAGCCAAUUUAAAAGCCAAUGUUAAAAAAUAAUUAUUCUUGCUGCACUGUAUACAAAUAAUUCGGCCAAAUAUAAUAAGGCAAACCUAUCAUGAUUUGUCUUUAGUAUAAAUGGGAAACUAGAGACUGGAAAACUAUAGUCCACCAGUUGUUAGAUUCUAGUCUUGCCUAAUGUUUUUCAAUUUUUAUCAUUUUCUACAGUUUGGACCAAAUUCUAAUUUUUGUGGGCUACAAGUCUUCAAAAUAAUGUUUUCAAUUUUUUUCCUCUUUUUUUCCCUAUUUUUCCUAAUUUGGAGUCACUUAAAACUAAGCUGUCACUAAACUAAGUCACUUAAAACUAACUUUCGUGAAGCCCUGUGAACUGAAGUAGACAACUUAAACUUCAGAAGAAAAUAAUGGGAACCUAUUUACAUACAUAAGCCACUUUCAUACCUGCUUACUGAUGUAUGGACUUCAGAGUAAUGUGGCCUAGAUCAAUUUUCCAAGAUUGUUCUUAUUCUCCCUUCCUCCCCAAAUUUUCUCUUGAUAGGACAUUAGACUUCACAACCUUCUAAAAAUGAGCUUUCCUAAUAACUCAGGACCUACCCUUCUAGGAAAAAACCAUCCUAGCCAUGAGAGAGCAGAUAAAACCUGGGAACAGAAACUUAUUUUCUUCAAAAAUGCUUUCUCCAAAAUAUUUUAAAAAAGAAAAGGGGGGAAAUGUGAAAGGAAAUUACCUUGGAAUCCCAUAAUCACUAAGCUAAUGGGAAAAGUCAAGCUGGGAACUGCUUAGGGCAAACCUGCUUCCCAUUCCAUUCAGUCAUCCCUCUGCUCACUGAGAUAAAUGCAUGUCUGACUGCCUCUUUUAGAAAGGUGAAUCAGAAACUCAAAAGAAUGCAACCAUUUGUCUCUCACCUACCUGUGACCUGGAAGCCCCUCCCCACUUCGAGUUGUCCCAUUUUUUCUUUGAGUUGUCCCACCUUUCCUGACCAAUAUUCGUUUUACAUAUGUUGAUUGAUGUCUUAUAUCUCCCUAAAAUGUAUAAAACCACCCUGUGCUCUGACUAUCUUAGGUACAUGUCGUCAGGACCUCCUGAGGCUGUCACGAUCGUGUGUCCUUGACCUUCCCAAGAAAAAUUUUCUAAAUUAACUGAGACCUGUCUCCAAUUUUUGGGGUUCAUACAGGUUAAAUUGUAAAAGAUCUGUGUCAGAGGAGGAAGUCCAUUCAGAGGGUUGGGGGGCCUUAUUUUAUUUUUGGUUUAUAGGAUUCUGACCCUUUUUAUUAUUUCAAGUUGGCAAUGAAAAAAACAGCAAAAGUAUAUAGGACUAAGGAUUCUAGGCUGGGUACAGUAAUUCACACCUAUAAUCCCAGCACUUUGGGAGGCCAAGGUGGGAGGAUUGCUUAAGCCCAGGAGUUUGAGGCCAACCGGGGCAACAUAUGAGACCUCGUCUCAAAGAAAAAAAAUAUGUAGAAAACUAGAGAGAAUAAAUUAAAAUUCCAAUAAGAGAAAUAUAUUAACCUGGAAACCUACAGGAAAUGGGUGAUUGCCUAAUAAAAAUACACAUGAACAAAAGGAAUCCUAAAAUAAGAAACAUACAAAUAGGCCAGUUAGUAUAGAAAAGCUUGGAAUGAUGCUUAGACAUCUCUCACUGGAAAAGACCCCAGGGACAUACAGAUUCAGAGUUAAGUUUUAACUGAAUUUGGUUAAAUUUGUUGACCUUCAACAAAUCCUGAUUUUAUUUAAAAUGGUCAAGGCCUAGUUGAGGGAAGGGGAAAGAAGUGAUUUUCUUCAAUUACUUUUACGGUAUAAUUUCUGUGAAAGGAAAAUAAAACUCAGGACCACAAAAUCACUAAACCAAAGGGUAAAGUCAAGCUGGGAACUAUGUCAGGCAAACCUGCCUCCCAUUCUAUUCCUAAAUAAGAUAGCUGCCAAGAUAAGAGGCUACGUACCUCCCUUAAAAUUUGCCCACAAGGAAAUUCCUUGUGGAUAAAGGACAGACAGAACUCAAAGUUAUCUCUUUAAGGUGCACCUGAGACAAAUGCAUAUCUAAUUGCUUCCUCUCCCCUAUUGUUUACGUAAAAAUGAUAAUUCACUGAGCCAGACUAAAUUGUGUAUUCAGUGGAAGGCUGAUCAAGGACUCAAAAAAAUGCAAUCUUUUGCCUCUUACUACUCAUGACCUGGAAGCCCUUGCCUCAAGUCCCGCUUUACCUGACUAAAGGACAUCUUACACAUACUGAUUGAUGUCUCAUGUCUCCCUAACAUGUAUAAAAGCAAGCUGUACCCUGACCCCCAAGGGCACAUGGUCAUCAGGGCCUUCUGAGGCUGUGUCACGGGUGCAACCUUAAUCUUGGUGAAAUAAACUUUCUAAAUUGAUGGAUGCCGGAUGUGGUGGCUCAUGCCUGUAAUCCCAGCACUUUGGGAAGCUGAGGCGGACAGAUCAACUGAGGUCAGGAAUUCGAGACAAGCCUGGCCAACAUGGUGAAACUCUGUCUCUACCAAAGAUACGAAAAUUAGCUGGGUGUAUUGGCACACACCUAUAAUUCCAGCUGCUCAGGAGGCUGAGGCAAGAGGAUCGCUUGCCCGGGAGGCGAAGGUUGCAGUGAGCCGAGAUCAUGCCACUGCACUCCUCCAGCCUGGGUGACAGAGCAAGAUGCCAUCUCAAAAAAGAAAACAAAAAAUUGAUGGAGAGUUAACUUUUGGUUUACAAUGUAAAUGUUUAUUUAAAAACAGACAUUAUUUUAUGUACCAUUACAAAUAUACUGCUACCCAGCUGCUCGGGAGGCUGAGGCAGGAGAAUGAACUCGGGAGGCGGAGGUUGCAGUGAGCCGAGAUCGCACCAUUGCUCUCCAGCCUGGGCGACAGAGCGAGACUCCAUCUCAAAUAAAACAAAAACAAAACAAAUAUACUGCCAACUAAACUGUGAUUUUGUCAAAAAUAAAUGUUGUUGAUGACUUUCCAUUAAAGCCACUGUAGUAGCCCAGGGAAAGCUUCCUUUUUGUCCUCUGAAGGUUCACUGAAAAGUCAACUGACAAAAGGCACAUUAAUUGGAGAAAGGGCAUACAAAUUUAUUAACAUGCACAUGGGGGAGAACCAGAGUGAUUUUGCUGAAGCCCCAAAUGGGGUUCAGAAACUUAUAUACCAUCUUGAGGUUACAGAAUGGGGGUUUGGAUUGUGGCAUAACAGGUUAUGCGGGUGGAGACCUGGCUGACAACCACGGUCUUUUAUGUAAAUGAAACCUCCUAAGUAGAACUCCUUAAAGAGAACAGAUGGUACAUGUUUCUUUCAGACCUUUGCAAACCAACUGUAAAAUUCUAAACCCUCCAACCGACUGAUGGACCCUCUGCUUGCCCAAGGGCAUUCUGAAGUCAACCUGAAAAACUAGUUCAGGCAAUGAUGGGAAGUGGGGGUUGGCCAUGCCUCAUUAUACACUCCUCCCUUGGAAUUCAGGUACAGCAAGCCAGCACUAACAUUAAAACAGAGACCUUAAGACUGACAGAAAAGACUCUUCUGCAGAGGCUUCUUCAUUACUCUCAGGCGCACAGGAUUCUUGGUUUCUGCUGUAGGGUCCUCACUUUACCUGUUCAACCUUCAUUUAUCUUUCACUGCCUCCUCUUGGUUAGCACUUGGCCAGCGCACAGGUUUCCCACACCCUGAGAUGGACACCAGCAGGGAAGGUUUGAGGGAGGGCUCUGCCUCCCUGGCGGCCACCCGCAGGCCCACAGCAAGACAUGUGCAGAGGUGAGCGGAGCGCCGUCACCAGCUGCGACUCUCCCGAAGACCAGAACCAUCCCAGAGCACCCGGAGGCACCAGGAAAGCGGCUCGGAGGCAGAGGCGCCAGGGGCGGGGCUAAUGCCGAGAGGUUUCCUCCGCCCCGUUCCCUCGCAUUGGUCCUGCAACCGCUCUCGUCAGACGCGUUUCCGCCUCCUGUCCUCCGGAAAGGUGCCCGCCUCUUGCCUUCCGGCCCGGCGCCCGAUUUCCGCCUUCCGACCCAGCUGUGGGCUGCGCCUCACGCCAGCCAGCGCCCGGCAUGGCUGCCGCCGGGGCCAGACCUGUGGAGCUGGGCUUCGCCGAGUCGGCGCCGGCGUGGCGACUGCGCAGCGAGCAGUUCCCCAGCAAGGUGGGCGGGCGGCCGGCAUGGCUGGGCGCGGCCGGGCUGCCGGGGCCCCAGGCCCUGGCCUGCGAGCUGUGCGGCCGCCCGCUCUCCUUCCUGCUGCAGGUGUAUGCGCCGCUGCCUGGCCGCCCGGACGCCUUCCACCGCUGCAUCUUCCUCUUCUGCUGCCGCGAGCAGCCGUGCUGUGCCGGCCUGCGGGUUUUUAGGAAUCAACUACCCAGGAAAAACGAUUUUUACUCAUAUGAGCCACCUUCUGAGAAUCCUCCCCCAGAAACAGGAGAAUCAGUGUGUCUCCAGCUUAAGUCUGGUGCUCAUCUCUGCAGGGUUUGUGGCUGUUUAGGCCCCAAAACGUGCUCCAGAUGCCACAAAGCAUAUUACUGCAGCAAGGAGCAUCAGACCCUAGACUGGAGAUUGGGACAUAAGCAGGCUUGUGCACAACCAGAUCAUCUGGACCAUAUAAUUCCAGACCACAACUUCCUUUUUCCAGAAUUUGAAAUUGUAAUAGAAACAGAAGAUGAGAUUAUGCCUGAGGUUGUGGAAAAGGAAGAUUACUCAGAGAUUAUAGGGAGCAUGGGUGAAGCACUUGAGGAAGAACUGGAUUCCAUGGCAAAACAUGAAUCCAGGGAAGAUAAAAUUUUUCAGAAGUUUAAAACUCAGAUAGCCCUUGAACCAGAACAGAUUCUUAGAUAUGGCAGAGGUAUUGCCCCCAUCUGGAUUUCUGGUGAAAAUAUUCCUCAAGAAAAGGAUAUUCCAGAUUGCCCCUGUGGUGCCAAGAGAAUAUUGGAAUUCCAGUUUUCAGACACGGUCUAUUGACUGACUUCUGUGACAAUGAGGAUAUCUACACUGCUCUCCACCUCCAGUGUGGUUAUGUCAUUAUUAUUAGUGCCUCCGUUAACUUUUGUUAUUUUAAAUAAUUUAUACCUUCCUUUCUUGUUCUAGUAAUUAAAGUCUUUGACUAUAUACUUUAUGAGAGGAGUCUUUACUGUUUAAUCUUGGUUUGUGGAUUUGUUAGAACAAAUGGAUAUAAGCAUUAAAGAUAAAUGUCCUCCCCUGCCCAAAAGGAUUUGUUAGCAUCAAAAUCCAUUUGGGUAGGGUGGAAAUGCUCUUGAGCUAUGGAUUCACUAACCUUACCAAAGUCAUAGCUAAUAUUGGUUCUUUUCUUUGGGUAAAAAAGGAAUUAUGAGGACCAUACACAAAACUCUGCUUGGUUCUUAGUGCCAAAGCUCUCAAUGUCCAAAUUGAGGUGACAGGAUUUGUAUAAAGUGAUUCCAUAUCAGGGUGGCUAUUCUGCCUAUUCACUCUUUCAGUUAGACUACUUCUAAGAUUCCUCUCUGGUCUCUAUAACUACAUAGAUAGAUGUCCUUUCUGUAUUCAUUACUAGUAAUUAGUGUUUCUUGAGUCAAGAGUAACAACAUCUGCAAUGAUACAAAGUAAAGUAAAAGUUGCCCAAAUAGAAGCCUCAGCCCUUUUGAGUGGCAUAUUAGUAAUGAAAAUAAUUCAUUAACAGCCACUUGUGAACUUCUUUCUCAAAUGGAAAAGACCAAACAGAAGGUGAGAGGGGCUUUGAAGUCAUAAGGAAGUUUUAGAUUGUUAAACAUGUUAAUUGUAUAAUGUGUAUAAUCCUGCUUUGUAGUAUGAGGAUUGAAAGACCAAGAUCCCUAUAAUCAUCCUGGCUGAGAAGGUCUCGUGCUCCCUGCUGUGAAGCAGCUUUCUAACUGUGUGUCAC